AUGUCGCCUGCCCAGGUCUCCAGGGGCGCGGGAGACGCCCCUCCCGGGGUGGUCUCGGGCUCCAUGGGGCGGACCCAGCCCCAGGAAGGGGGUGGGGACGCUCCCCCGCCCCCGCCGCCACUCCCUCGGCCUGCCCCGGCCGGCUGCCCCAGUCCAGGGCCGAAAGGGUGCCGGCGGGGCCGCCCGCAGGUCCGGGGGAGGUGGAGCCGCGCGCUGACCCCGCCGCGCAAUAAAUGGGCAGCCCGCAGCCUCGCGCCGCGGCGACGGCGACACCGACAGCGAACCGUGGACUCGGCGCCCGAGGCGGGCGGGCGGGCGGACGGCGAGCACCCAGGGCGUCCCUGGCGCUCUCGGGUCGGGGGGCUCCUCGCAGCCCUCAUGGCCGGGGCCCGGGCCAUCUUCGGCGCCUGGGACUACGCCGUGUUCGCGCUCAUGCUGCUGGCGUCCACGGGCAUCGGGCUCGGGGUGGGGCUGGCCCGCGGCCGGCAGCGCAGCGCCGAGGACUUCUUCACGGGGGGCCGGCGCCUGGCCGCGCUGCCCGUGGGGCUGUCGCUGGCCGCCAGCUUCAUGUCGGCCGUGCAGGUGCUGGGCGUGCCGGCCGAGGCGUCCCGCUACGGCCUCAAGUUCCUGUGGAUGUGCCUGGGCCAGCUGCUCAACUCGGGGCUCACCGCCGCGCUCUUCCUGCCCGUCUUCUACCGCCUGGGGCUCACCAGCACCUACCAGUACCUGGAGCUGCGUUUCAAUCGCGUGGUGCGCCUCUGCGGGACCCUGCAGUACCUGGUGGCCACGGUGCUGUACACUGGCAUCGUCAUCUACGCACCUGCGCUCAUCCUGAACCAAGUGACCGGGCUGGACAUCUGGGCGUCGCUGCUGUCCACCGGCAUCAUCUGUACUUUCUACACCACCGUAGGCGGCAUGAGGGCUGUGGUCUGGACCGACGUCUUCCAGGUUCUUGUGAUGCUCACGGGCUUCUGGGUCAUCUUGGGCCGCGGCGUCGCGCUCGUUGGGGGGCCCCGGCACGCGCUGGAGCUCGCGUGGAACCACUCCCGCAUCAACCUGCUGGACUUCGACCCGGACCCCCGGAGACGCUACACCUUCUGGACGUUCGUGGUGGGAGGCACGCUCCUGUGGCUCUCCAUGUACGGGGUCAACCAGGCGCAGGUGCAGCGCUAUGUGGCCUGCGGGACGGAGCGGCAGGCCAAGCUGGCCGUGCUCAUCAACCAGGUGGGCCUGCUGUUGAUCGUGUCCAGCGCCGCCUGCUGCGGCAUCGUCAUGUUCGUGUUCUACAGCGGCUGUGACCCGCUCCUCACCGGCCGCAUCUCCGCCCCGGACCAGUACAUGCCUCUGCUGGUGCUGGACAUCUUCGAGGGUCUGCCCGGGGUCCCUGGGCUCUUCCUGGCCUGCGCCUACAGCGGCACGCUCAGUACGGCGUCCACCAGCAUCAACGCCAUGGCGGCCGUGACCGUGGAAGACCUUAUCAAGCCGCGGCGGCCGCGCCUGGCGCCCCGCAAGCUUAUGAUGAUCUCCAAGGGGCUGUCCCUCGUCUACGGCUCGGCCUGUCUCACGGUGGCCGCUCUGUCCUCGCUGCUGGGGGGCGGCGUCCUGCAGGGCUCCUUCACGGUCAUGGGCGUCAUCAGCGGCCCCCUCCUCGGAGCCUUCAUCCUGGGCAUGUUUGUGCAGACCUGCAACACGCCGGGCGUCCUCUCUGGGCUGGCUGCGGGCCUGGUGCUCUCCCUGUGGGUGGCCGUGGGCGCCACGCUGUACCCGCCCAGCGCGCAGAUGAUGGGGGUCCUGCCCUCCUCGGCUGCCGACUGCGGGGCCCCCUCGGCCAACGCCUCCGGCUUUCCGUACCCGCUCCUGGCUGCCAACGCCUCCGGCGGGGACCCCAGUUUUGGCAUGGCCCCCAGCGCACCCGCCCUGGCAGACAGCUUCUACGCCAUCUCCUACUUGUACUACGGCGCCCUAGGCACGCUGGCCACCAUCCUGUGCGGAGCGCUGGUCAGCUACGUCACCGGCCCCAGCAAGCGCAGCAGCCUGGGCCCUGGCCUGCUCUGGUGGGACCUGGCCCGGCAGACGGCGUCCGUGGCUCCCAAAGAGGAAACGGGCGCCCUGGACGACAGCUUGGUCAAGGGUCCCCAGGAAUUCCCCUCCGCAGCCGGGAAGCCCCCGGCCUUCCUGCCCCGGCCUGAGGACCGGCUGCUGCCCCUGGGGCCCGAGGCGGAGGGCGCCGGCCCGGGGACCCACGCCUGGGCGCGCCGGGAUGAGCUGCGGGAGUCGAACCUCUGA